AUGGAUUAUCUUGACAAAGAACAAGUGAAAUAUGUGGAGGAGCAAAAGGAGGAAAGCAGCAAAUGCCGCAACGUUUGGCAAGAAAUAAUUAGAAAAACUCUUGGAUGUACAAAGGAACAAAUACAAAAAUAUGUUGCAAGUUGUAGAAGAGAAAAGGAAAGGGUCAUUUCCAUUUUAUAUGGAAGUGUCUUCCAAGGGGAAAGGUACCUUGCAUAUACAAAAAAAUGGAGAGGAAACACCUUAAACGAAAUCAUCAAUCAGGAUGAAAGAAAUUAUGCAAACUUGAAAAAGUUGGGAACGGCGGACAAUAGCUACUUGUGCAGGUUAGCCCUUGGGUAUGUGGACCAGGAUGGUACGGAUAUUUUCGGACAGAAUGGACAGGCAGAACUUAACAAUUGUGAACAUGAGGGUAACGGUGACGGCGACGCAAACAAUCACGCUGAAGCUAACGCUAAUGGAAACACAACCACCAUUACAGACAACAUCACCGUCUCCAAUAACAAUAACAGCAACGGACCCACCACUCACAGCAACAUGGUCACGAGAGGAAAAGCUCACCAUGCAGAAAAUAACGCACCCUUAAACGAAAACGAUGGAAUGUUCGAAAAAUUGAACUAUUUAGAAAAAAGAAAUUAUAGGAACAAGUCCAAGGUAGGCUACUAUAACGGUCUGCACGAUGGUACCACGAACAGCCACUAUUACUAUAGUAAUGAAUACGGAAAUGGACGCGAUGAUUUUCACUCUGCUGGUAAUUAUUACAGUGUGGGCGGCCGAAAUGUAGCGAACAGCCGAAGGGCAACCGGCCGAAAUGCAAGAACCAGCAACCCAAAUGGUGACCCCUCUUGCGAAUUCCCAUCGGAACAAAAUGAUGCAAUAAUUAAAUACAAGUACUUACCCACAGGUGUUUUCUACAGUCGAGUUUCUCGAUCCUUUAUUGCCAAUUGGAUUGAUCAUAAAACAAGAAAACAAAUUAAAGUACCAUAUAAGAUUGCCGAAUUUGGUAUCGAAAAAAGUAUGAUCUUAGCCAUCCUUUCUAGGAACCAUCGUAUUAAUAAACUGCAAAAAGCUCUGCAAUGCUACGACAGCUUAACCACCGAACAGAAGGAGGAAAUGCUCCAAGAUAUUAGAACCACACAAAAAAGUGAAAACCUUUUUCACGAUUUGCUGAAACCGAGCGGGAGGGGCACACCCAAUGGAGGGGACAUACCUAACGGAAGGGGCAUGUCCAACGGGAAGGAAAUGCCAAAUGGGGGGGUCACACCCAACGGGAGGGGAACUCCCAACGUCCUCCUUCACAGUAGAGCAUUCCCAAACGGCGCAACAGACAGGCAAAUACACAAUGUUAACAUCCAAAUGGAUCAACCAAUUGGCCAUGUGGACCAACUAAUCGGUCCACCCAACCAGCUAAUCGGUCAAUCCAACCAACCAAUUAGCCAACCCAACCAGCUCCCCUCGCUGAGCAGCAACAACAACUCCCCGAAGAACCGCGACCAGCGGAAACCGAAACGCACAACAAUCAAAAAAAAAAGUGUCGAAAAGAAAAAAAUUAAACAGUCGUACCAUAACGCAGAAAAUUUACCCACUGGGGUGUAUUUUUAUCAAGGCUCCUAUGUAGCCAAUUGGUGGGAAACACAACAAAAAAAACAAUUCAAAGUUCCUUUUAAAAUAUCAGAGCAUGGAAUAACCAAAGCCAAAAAUCUAGCCAUCAUUUCCAGAAUUAUUAGAUCAUCCUCUGUGCAAGAAGUCAAUUUCAUUUUAUCUCAAAUGGAGCAAACAAUGGACAUCACAAAGUUCGACUAUGCUACCAUGGCUGCGUUAGCUAGUAAAUAUAUAUUAACCAAAGCUCCGAGAGAGGAGUAA